CGUCGACAUUGGAAUGAGCGGGAGCGACAUUGGCGAAGCCGCAUCGCAUGAGCACUCGUCCAACGCGUCCGCAGCAUCGACCCCGCCGAGCUUUUGGGCUGCCGUCACCUCGAAUCCCGCACACAGCCAGGUCCCGGAACCCAGGGGCAUCUUCUCGAGCGACGAACUCCGGCCGAGGACGCGGAACUACUUCCACAUGAUCCCCCAGCUGAUCGAGCUGUACUACGAGCACAUCUACCCCAUCAUGCCUCUCAUCUACAUGCCCGCCAUGCGCGAGACCAUCAACCGCCCGAUGCUGACCUCGAGCGAGAAGAACCUUGUCUAUGCCAUGUGCGCCCUUACUUCGAUGCACAUGUCCGGCAAAAGCAUAGGCGCCCCAGGGCCCACAUCAUGGGAGGUAGUCGGCCGCUUCUUCCUGGACGAAACAAUCUCGACAAGACAGUCGUACGACUUUCUUGAGGAUUUGUCGCUUUCCGCUGUUAUUUCGUCAUUUUACCUGAGCACAUCCUUCUUUGAGAUCAACCAGUCGCGGAAAUCGUGGUACUACCUACGGGAGGCGUUGACGAACGCACAGGAUCUAGGACUGCAGGACGACUCGACGUACUACGGGCUAAGCCGGGAGGAGACACUAUGUCGGCAGAGAGUAUUUUGGAUUCUCUUCGUUACAGAAAGGUCUUUUGCGAUCUUGCGCAACAAACCGAUCACAUUCAAGAGGACACCCUCUCUGCCGACGACGCGACACCCAUACGAGGCGCCGGACAUUCACGCCGGCUUCCUGCAGCUCGUUUCAUCGUACACACCUCUCGACGAAUCGUUCGUGACCGCAUGGAACGAGGGGUCCGAUCCCCGCGUCAGCGCGACAACCUUUUUGGCGCUGCAAAACCUUCUAUCCCUCCCUCCCGCGUUCCUCCGACCGCGGAAUGCGCGGGGGUCGCCGCCAUCGCAGCACCAACAUCAGCACCAAGGGCAAUUUGUCGGGUCGUUUGGAGCGGCGUCCGCCAGCCGAGAUGCGGGCGGGCCGGAGCCGACAGACAUCCAAAAGGCGGACCUUUUGAUUACGCAGCAAUGGUUGCGGCUGAUUGUGUGGCAGUCCUCGAUGCGACAGGGCCUGUUGAGCUGGACAAACCCGGCGGACUCGAGUGGGCCGUCUAGCAGUGGCGUGGGCGGCGGAAACAGCAUGUGCUUUUCAUUUCCCCUCACGGUCGCCCGCGACACGGCGUCGAUCCUGGCUAGUUUGCCGAGCAAGGCUGUCGAAGUGCACGGGAUGGGCAUCAUGGAAAAGAUUUUCGAGAUUGGCACAUGGUGCGUAAAUGUGCUCGGUGCCUGCGAGAGCGUCGGAUUCCAGACGGCCAUGGACUUUACUUCGGGUGAGAUGGGUGUGCUGGGCAGUGGGAGGAAAGGAGCGAGCCUGGACCCUAUUGAGUUCUUCAUCAAGACGCUCAGCGCAAGCGACAACUCCAGAAAACAGUUUGCCGACAAGCUGCUUACAGCCGCCGGCGAGAACCCAGGGAGUAUGAGGACGCAGCUCAGCCCGGCCAUGUCUGCCGUGGGUUCCGUCGCCGCGGCGAUGAUGGCAGCGCACAAUCAAGCACACGGCGUGAUGGAGGCCCCAGGGUGGGGGCAGCAGAGGGGGACCGUCGUCGGAGAGGUGUUCGACGAGAACGAGGAGAAUAACGGUAACCAGCCCGUCCUCGACCUGACCGGCCCUCCGAUGCACCACCAACAACCGGGUAUGCAGAGUAUGGGGCUGGGCAUCGAUCUCGGCGCCGGGGAGAUGGGCGGCAUGGGUGGAGUUGAGAUAGACGCCAACAGCGUCGACCUUAUGAGUCCUCUCGGACUCACCCGAAGCAACUCCGAUAUGGCGGGGAUGGGUAUGGGAUUUGAGGCUGCGUGGAGCCCAGGCAGCGGCGGCACCGGCCCAAGAGAAUAUCCCGAUCCGGGACCACCACCCGGGUACGCUACCCACGCUACCCACCGCGAAGGAUACCCGGACUUGGGCAACGGGAUGAUGAUGCACGAGCGCAUGGCGACCGGCGGGGGUCCCGUAGGAGGCCCGCCGCAAGGCCCCGGCGGUGGCGUCGACGGCCCGAACAUGGGCGACCGACAGCAGCAAGCACAACCACCACAUCAACCAGGACAAGGCGACAACGCGCCAUACGACAACAGGAAACGUGGGGACAAGGGCGGCGGAUACCGGAACGGCGGCAUGGUCGGUGUUUGGUAA